GGCGUCCUUAGCAGUCACACAUGGCGGGUUAUGUCAAAAGUGAAAGGAAGAUUAAAUAAAGUAUUAACCGUUAAUUUUGAGAGGAUUUCGUCUUAACAUGGGUGAAGAUUAAGGAAUUAUGUCUGUUUUACAGGUAUACCUGAGCUGGGCCAACUCGGUGCUCAGCGGGCGUGGUGGAGGUUUGUCUUGCCCUAAGGUGGGGACAAUCCAGGAGGGCAAGGUCAUCUGCCAGCUCAUAGACACGCUUUGUCCUGAUGUCGACCUUCAGGAAAAGGCUGAGCAAGGAGGAACUCCGACGCCCCAGAAUUACCUAAGGACAGCCCUAGACCAUAUGAGAAGUCAUGGCAUCAAGUUUCACUUUACCCCUCAGGACUGGAAGAAAUGGCUUCAAAAUAUUUUGGAUGGUGACAUUAAAUCGAUUUUAGACGUGCUGUGGCUUAUCAUACUCAACUAUUCGGUGCAUUCAAUAGGCAGCAGUCCGUAUCAGCGUAGUGUGGGUAUCGGCAAGAAGUUACUCCUCGAUUGGUGUCAGAGGGAACUCAAUGAAGAGUUCGAUCCACAAAGCACUCUCAGUUAUAACCUGUGUACUGGAGAUUGGUUUUUAAAGCUUUUGGCACGAAAUUCUGACUGCCCAUUGAAUGAUAACCUUGAAAGGGAACAGAACUUGAGGACUCAACUUGGUGCCAUAGAAGCGAAGUAUGGAAUAAAACAGACCCUCAUAAACCCGGCAGACAUUACAGAAGGAACAGUUGAUGAGCACACAUUGAUGAUAUACAUCUCCCUUCUCAGGCUAAAGAUUGGAGAUACUGUUGACUGUUUGAAAUCGCCAAGUGAUAUAUCGUUUCAUUCGUCAGAGAAGUCUCAACUUGACGAGUCUGUUGAUUCAAAACCUAAAGACGUUCCUGCCAUCAUACUUUCCCAAGUUAGUGAAGAGAGAACAAGAAGUCCAGACGACUCGUUGCCUGUGCUUGAACCAGUCCAAUCAUCACCCAAGACUGGUUCAUCAAACUCAUCACCUACGCAUUCCCCACCAAGAAAGCGCUCGCCCGAAACGGAUCCAGAGACUUCUGAUUGGAUGUCCCAAUCCUCGGGUUCACCAAUUUCCUCGUUUCAUGAUAGAAUUCAUGAGCCACAUACUCCCGAAGUUUCUCUAGAGGCGGACUAUUUAAUUAAAGAGACAAUUAGUAAACAAGUUGAAGAGGCUUUUAGACCUCGUCCUGAAGGGAUGCAAAACCCGGAUAGUCCUAGUUCACAUGGUAGUAGAAUUCCUGUACGAGUAAAAGACGAUGAACCUCAAAGGUUGAAUGGAAGCCCAAGUAGAUUAGAAGGUGAAAUGAACAAAGAACAAAGUGUUUCUAGUAGGAAAAUUACUAUAAAAGUGCAAAGACCUAGAAGUCCAAAUAGUAUUAUGGCUGAAGCUCGUGCUAGACAGGAACAGGAAAGAGAAAGAAAAAAAAGAGAAAAAGGGGAGCAAGAAAAACUAAGGGAAAGAGAAAGAGAUGAACCAGUCAUGACUGGUAGCGCAAGUGAGGGUGGGGAUAUAUCUGAAUCUGGAAUAAGACCGAGGCAUACCUUUGAUACAGAGCCAGUUAAAUCUGAUGAGGAGGAUUUAGUUAGGCCAAAACCUAAUGUACCUAUCUUUUCUCAAAUUAACGGUGAUGGUGUACCUGUUUUCGUGAUGCCAGGAAAGAAACAUGAUAUGGAGUUACUGUUAGAAGCUCUCAGACAUGCAAGGACUGAAGCAAGUGUAAACGAUCAGUUGAUUCAGAGUGGUCCGUCCGAUGAUCCGGAAUUUAGGAAAGUUGUGGAUAAGAAUAUAGAGCAACUCGAAGCUCAGCUGGCUGCUGUGAAAGCUCAGUCUAAAGAAUUGUUUGAUGAAGAUGCUGUUUCGCAUAAGGAAGAAUCAAGGGGUCGAACAAUGAGGAAAGAAUCGCCUCCUUCUAGAAGAAGUGCAGGUAGAAGCCCGCCAAGAGGAAUUCUUGACGUUAUGGCCAAUCAGAAUAUUGAACAUGAGGAAACUUCACCAAAGGUCGUUGAUGAGGAUAGGGAAAGAUCAUCUCCGCAUGGAAUUCUUAGAAAUAGAUUGAGAUCACCUACAGAUCAUGUAAGAAGAUACAACACAGAUAGGGAGAGGGUACGAGAAGGGUCACACAGCCCAGAUAAAAGGCCAAGGUCACCAUUUCAGAAUGGUUUAGAUAUGGAUGGUGAACAAGAUGCUGAUAAGAGAUUGAUUAAGUUUUUAACCAACGAAAUUGAAAAUAUGAAGUUAAAAAUGGCUGUCCUUGAGCAGAAAAGUGAUCGAAAAGAACGGGCUCAGAGUCCAUUUAGUGUUGGGCCCAGGGUUUCCAGUGGGCUUCCAGAUCGAGAGAGAGACAGGAGCCCAGCUCAAAUCAGUUCUCGGGCUCGGGCACGCAUGAGUGAAUAUGGAGAAGGCUACUCUCCUGUAAGGAGGCCAAGAUCAACUGACCUUAUUGGAGAAAUGAGGUCAAGGUCACCAAGAUUUGAUAGUCCACCAAGAACAUCUUCAAGGUCACCCACUAGAUCCCCUGUAAGCAUGUUUAGGUCUAGAACACCGGAUUUCAAUGCAAGGGAGAGAAGUAGAGCUUUAUCACCAUCAGCAAGAGUAUUAAGUUUACAAGAUUUGUCUACCUCCAUAAAUGAUGAUAUUGAUGGUAAUUUAACAUUUUCACCCGCAAGUGGAGCGAGACCUGUGAAUCUCGGAUACAGCAGCCCCAUAAGGAAAGUAAACGAUGAAAUUUGGGGCUAUGGUCAAACAGAUGAAGAGUAUUAUGCCGACACUGCCAAAUAUGAAGAAUGGAAGAAAUUGAUCUCCAGAGAGGCAUGUACUGAUGAAGAUAAUUUAGAACUGAAGCAAGCGUUAGCAUCAGCCCUUGUUGAGUUGAAUAUAGUACAAGCCAAGCUUAAAAACGCUAACUCUGAUAUUAAAAAUAAGAUGGCUAAGACCAACGAUGUGUUGAACGAUUGCCGCGCGCAGAUAUCAAAGUCGCAAGCAGAAAACGCAGACCUGAGAUCGCAAAUUGAGCGGGAAAAAAGCAAGGCAGAGUCACAAGAUUUACGCAUUAGAGAAAUGGAGAAGAAUCUGCAUGAAGCAAAAACGACACAGGAUGACAAAUCUUUGGAGCUGGAAGAAUCGGUCAUUACGUUAAAAGGCAUUGUGGACCUAGACAAGUCACAGAUGUCACAUCUCGAAGAUGAUAACGACAAACUACGGAAACGCAUCUCCGAAUUCCAACGAGAAAAUAUCAAGUUGCGAGAGAUCUCUUCAUAUGCUUUGAAGGACUUCAAUGAACUAAAGAUCUACAAUGACAAAGCCCAAACAACAAUAAAGGAUCUCAGAUCUUGUUUGGAAGAUGCUCGAACAGAAAGAGCACAGCUUGUCGCAGAGGUUAAAAAACUCAAAGAGCAAGAUACUAACCACAAAAUUAACUCUAUCGUCAAUGGCUACACUGAAAAGGGUCUCUAUGAGGCUGCUGAAAAGGAUCAUAUGGUGGAAAGGUCAAGAUCAAGGUCAGUGUCCCCUUCUCCGGCCAGAUUUGCUCAGAGAAGCUCAUCCCCGGUAAUGUCAAGGUCAAUCACCCCUAUGAGGUCAUUUAGUCCAGUUAGAAUUGCUGAACCCAGUUACCCCACUUAUACACCAAUGUCAAGGUCACAGACACCAACUCCUAGUAGUUGUAGUUAUGACGAUGUCUUACCAGGUUUCAAAGAUGGCCAUGAGAUUUAUCCACACAGAAGAACAUUGUCAUAUGUAAAGAAAUUUGGCUCAACCAAUGAUGUUUCUUCUUCUCAAGUUGACCUUGAUGACCCUGAAUUACAAGAAUUUCUUAAACCAAGGGCCAAAUUUGGUUAUGAUCUUGACAAUGAUAACCAGCUAGCAGAAGAAAGUGGCCAUUUUGCAAAAAGGAAACUUUUGUACAGUCCUUAUAUGGAUAAAGACUUCAAACCAAAGUCCCAGCAGAAUGGUUAUGUUAUUGAAAUGGACAAGCCUCUUCCAGAGAGCAAACAUCCAUACCAACACACUAGUCAACAGAGGUUAUCAUUAGAGGAGGAAAUUGAAAGCAAGAAAUUUAUGAUGGCCCUAGAUUCUGCUGUCAAACAAACCCCAGCUCAGCUUGCCCAGCAGCGCUUCCUACAAGAGCUUGACCACUCUGCAACAGAUGAACAACCAUCCCCUGAUCGUUGGCGCAGUCCUUCAAGGGGUAUUCUUAAGAAUACUAAGAGUGCUCAUAACAUGUCCAUCAAGGAAAACAUGCCUCUACGGUCAGUUGAGUCAAGGUCAUAUUCUCCUUCAGUGAGAACAGGCAAAUCCUAUUCUCCUGAUAGAACCCCAAGGUCAUUUACUCCAAAUACAAGGUCAUACACUUCUCAGUCACCUGUAAGUAGGUCAUAUGGCUCUCCGACUGCCCAUAGUGCCCAGUCAAGGUCAUUUUCUCCAGCAACUGAUAGGAAUAGAUCCCAGUCACCAAGAAAUGUAGGUCAAAGAUCCUUCUCACCUGGGUCAAGGUCAUAUUCACCAAAUGAUAAUUACCGAGGCAACACUAUCCGAGACAGCGGCUACAGUACACCAACAUCAUCCAACAAUCGAUAUCGAGUCAACAAUCGACCACGCACACCUACAAGACAAAAUGAAGGCAAGAAACCGACUGGACUUCUUUCUGAUGAAGAACGACGGUAUGCCGAUCUGCUGAUCGAGAAAUAUACAAGGCAACAUAUAAUCAACCUUCCUGUAACCUCUAGUUAGCGUUUAGUGUGGUGUAACCUAGCCAUGAAGUAAUUAAUAUUCAGGAGUGCUACAAGAAAAGCCAUUGUAAUGAACCCAGUGACCUUUGGUGCUGACCUUGACCUUUCAUGACCUUGACUGGAAAAGGUCAUUUCCAUGGCAACAGAACACUGUGGCAGCAGCAUGAUAGAUAAUUUAUUCAUUUCCUUAUUGUUGUAAUAAAAUAUAAAUAUAAAUAGGAUUCAAAAGGAAAAUAUUAAGACAUGUGAUAAAUAUGAUCAUGCAAAAUCUAUGUACAUGUAGAAUAAUUAAGUAGUUUUAAUUGGCUGUUUUCUAAAAUUAAAAUAAUAAUUUUUGAUAGAAUGAUCAAAUAAAUGUAUCGAAUAAUUACAAAUUGACAUCACUAUUUAUUUAUAAAUUGUUUUGUUUUUGUUUAUUUAUUGGCCAGAGUGAGUGGUUUUAGGUACAUUUAAUAUACACAUGUAGAUAAUUAUAUAGCAUUUUUUUAUAGUAUUUUUAUUUUAAAUAGUGUACUUUUGAGCUGCCAUUUGUUUUAGCAUAUUUUAGUUUCUUUAUUUACAAAGCGCAUGUGAUAUAAAUGUUUUAGGUUUGAUCUUCAAAUCAUGAAAUGUUUUCUUUUUUCUUAUUUUUUAUGAAUUAAAAUCAUAAUAGAACUUCAGAUUUGUACUAUUUUGAUUUAGAUUUUUCACAUAGGCACUUUACUAUUCCAACAGUACAGUGUUAGAGUUUGAAAAAAUGCAUGUUUUUAUACACGUCAGCACAUUUUGCACCUGUGAUAUAUGUGUUUGUGAUAUUUGUUAGUGAUAUCUGAUUUAUUGUUAUUGAUAUCUGAUUUAUCGUAAUAAAUUAUCUCUACUUUUGAAUUUUAUUUAUGAUGAGAGUGAGUAAUAUACAGAUUUAUGUAUUCCUGAUAAUGGUAUCAAAAGAAGGGAUAUCUAAAUAUGUGAUAUUUUUGUUCAUGAUAUCUGAGUUAGUGAUAUCUGUGUUGAUGAUUUCUUGCUGUGGAAUCAGGUUAAUGAUAUCUGAUUUAUGAUAUCUAUUUAUAGAAUCACAAAGCGAUAUCAGAUUUAUAAUGGAUAUUUAAAAAAUCAUGUUGGUGAUAUCAGAUUUAUGAUAUCCGUUUAUAGAAUCAUGUUAGUGAUAUCUUAUUUAAGAUAUCUAUUUAUAGAAUAAUGUUUGUGAUAUCUUAUAUGUUAUCCCUUUUGAUAUAUGUAGUUAUGAUAUAUAUUUACAUAUAGAAUUUUCUUAGAGAUAUCAGAUUUAUGAUAUCCUAUUUUAUGGAAUGUAGGUUAGUGAUAUUCUAACAUUAUCUAAGUUAUUGAGUUCAUGUCAAAGUAAGGUAUCGGCAAACACUUUUUGUGUAUUACAGUUCCUACUUUUUUACUGAUUUAGCCAUUUUGGACCGAAAUUUAAACAAAAAAUAAACAAUUUCUGGCAAAGUUUAAAUCGGUCCAGACUGGCUAAUUGUCGUUUUUAAGAAGCCCUGCCCUAUAGAGUUUAAUGCUUAAUACUGAUGCCUAUAUAAGGAUAUAACAAGGUUUUAUAUUUCUUUAAGAUUCACUCAUUCAGAUUUUUUUUUUAAAUUCUACAGCAUCUAUUAUUGUUAUUAUUCCCAUACCUAUUUGCAGCUAAGAGAUCAACGACCUUUAAGAGCUCUUAUAUGAUAUUAGAGUUUUAUACAUUUAACCUUUUUUGUUUUAAAUUUUAUUUAAGGUAUUUAUGGUACAUUCAAAUGCUUUUCGGAUGAAAUGGAUGUUAGUUAUACCAUAAAUCUUGAACCAUCAUUCACAAACAAGAAUUGAUGGUAGAUUAAUCAGUCACACAACUAUGGAAAAUAAAUGGGUCAAUGAUCAAAGUGAUUAAGACAUUUAGGUCAUUGUAAUAAUUAUUUUUCCUUGAUAUUCUUUACAUUAAUCUAUUACUCAUAUAUAAUUGUAACAAAAAUAUAUGUUUUACUAGUAAGUGAUGGUGAUGCUUUUCUAUGUGAAACGGAAUGUAUAUUGAACUGCAGUAUACAUUUUACCAAAACAAAGUCUGUGCUUAAAGAAUAUGCUGACUGCCCCAUGUUAUUGUCCAAUCAAAAGGCUCGAUUUCCAAUUCUUCAUGUGGACAUAAUUUUCCUUUUUCUCUGCCUGUGCAAAAUCGAUAAUCUUUAUCAUCAUCUAAAUAGGUUAGAACUUGCAUCGAAAUUUUCUAUAUGAGUUCUUACAUAUUUAGGAUUUAAAAAAAGCUUUAUAACAAAAUUGAUUUGAAAAGUCAUAAUAAAUAAUUGUACUUAGUAAAGAAAAUGGUUGCACCUUACGAGAAUAAUUGAUCACGUAUUAAAUGGAUUAGUUAAAAUUAACCUAUGUCAUCUUGCACUAAAGUUUUUCUUGUUUGUUAUUGAAAUGUAUGACUAGAGCAGUGAAAGUUCUAAAUGACAUUAAAUAAAUCAGGAGAUAGGACCUUUACGCUUUCAGCCCCUAAUGUGCUGAAUCAUUUAAUGUAUCUUUACCUUUUUUUGCACUCUGGGACUAUUUAAUUUCAAGGAUUUUGGUCAUACCUUGAAUCAUCUAAAAUCUGUGUAAACAUCACAACAAAAUCAGGAUUAAUUGAUUAUUUUUAUUUCCUCAAAGUCAUAUUUAUUUUCGAUGCUUGCUAAAUUUCAAUUCACAAAAAUAUGUAGCAAAAUAAUGAAACAAUGACACUAUAAUAAUUUUUGGAUUAAUAUAAGCCUAAUAAUUUCUAUUUACAACUAUAGUUGACUUAAGGGUCUUUAUUAAACAGCCCCUUGAUGUGUUACAAUUUGAUUAUGUGUACGGUAGUUACAAUUUAAAGGAAAAAUGCAUUGUAAAGUUAUAGAAUUGUUUGUUUGUUUUCGAUUUUGCUUAUAUUUGUUGCCUGUAAUAUUUUAAGCAAAGUAUUUACAUAUUUAUCAUAGAGUAUUAUUUUCUUGCAAAUAAACACGUUUUAGAAAAUAAACUGUUUGAUCUUU